AUGGCCACAACUGCCGAGACGCUGUGGGCAGAAUGCCUGGGCGCCCUCGCGAAAGAGACUGGCAUCGAAGUCGACGACAUCGAUGACCGAGAUGAAUUCACGGCCGACCUUGGGAUCAAUCCGAUUGUCGCAAAGUCCAUCCGAGCAGACUGGGAGGCGAUCCUCAAGACGACGAUACCCGCGACGAUCUUCGAUCAGUAUCCCACCGUCGGGGCUUUCCACCGCUAUCUGCAAUCGCUGCCCGGAAGAGUGCCAAAAGCAGCACCUCGACAGUCACGCGUCCCGCUCUCAGUCGUCCUCCAGGGCAACCCCUCGACAUGCGCAAAGACGAUUUUCCUGCUGCCGGAUGGAAGUGGCUCUGGAAUGGCCUACGCCAGCAUUCCCCAAAUUUCCCACUCCACCUGCCUUGUGGCCAUGAACAGCCCUUACCUUGACCAGGCAUCGGCCUACAUAUGCUCGAUUGAGCAGAUCGCAGGUCUAUGGAUCGACGAGAUACGCCAGCGCCAGCCCAAGGGCCCGUACAUCGUGGGUGGUUGGUCUGCGGGCGGCUACUAUUCGUACGAGGUGGCCAAUGCGCUCAUCCGCGCGGGGGAGCGAGUGAGCGCGAUAGUUCUCCUGGACUCCCCCUGCAGGCCGUACUUCGAGGCCCUCCCGAUGGAGGUGGUCGAGUACCUCUCCACCAAUGGUCUAAUGGGCAGUUUCGGUAUCAGGGGGCCUCCGGCAUGGGUGGUCGAACAUUUCCAGUCCACCAUACGAGGUGUGCGCCAGUACGUGCCCGCGCCGAUGGAUGCAGAGGACAUGCCCGACGUUUACAUCAUCUGGGCCCGUGAAGGUGUCUUGCCAAGCAGCGAACUGGAAGAGACAGGGCUGGAUCUCAGCGUGAAGGUUUCGCGCUUCCUGCUGGAGGGAAAGCCCAAUUAUGGGACCCAUGGGUGGGAGCGUCUGUUUCCCGGGGCGCGAUUGCACCUUGCUACGAUCUCGGGCAAUCAUUUCACUCUGAUUCACAAACCAUACAUCAAUGAGAUCGGCGUGUUGCUCCGGGACAUUGUGGCGGCGGAUUCGGAGCGGCGCAAAGAUAACUGGAAAAUCGUCUUCGGACCCCGGUGA